AGAAGACAACAGACACUGUAACAGUGUUUCAUCUCACAACAAGAGGACUCCACUCUAAACCCACUCUGAAGAUGCUGUGCUCUCAUGGAUUCCAGUCUGCCCUCAGUCCAUUCAGCUUCUACUGGCCUGUACGCAGUCUGUGGCCAGAGGUCACACCUCUGCUCUACCAGCAGGGUGGACUGCAGAGAAACCUACAGGAGCUGUGCAGCAGUCUGGAGCUGAUGGAAAAACUUCAACACAACAUCCUGGAGGAGACGAAGCCUUUCCAAAGCAGUGUGGCCGUGCAGCCAGUCUCCUACCAGCUGGAGAAAGAGGGAGAGCACUUUAACCUGACUCUGGACACUCAAGGCUUUUCCCCAGAGGAGCUGUCUGUCAGGCAGGUGGGCAGGAAGCUGAGAGUCAGUGGGAGGACAGAGAAGAAACAGAAGGAUGGGAAGGGCUCCUACUCUUACAGACUCCAGGAGUUCAGACAGGAGUUUGAUCUGCCUGAAGAACUGAACCCUGAAGCCGUCACCUGCUGCCUGGCUCCAGACGGGAAGCUCCGCAUCCAGGCAGCCAGAGCUCCAUGUGCUGAGGAGGCUGAGAGAGAGCUGACUAUCAAGAGGAGCCUGGAGGAGAAAACACAGCAGAGCGUGUGUUCACACACAGAGGACAGCAGCACAGAGACAGACAACAGCACACAGGACAAACCUGAACACAUGGACUGCACAGGUGUUGCUUUGAAAAUCUGUAAUAAAUGA